AUGGAGACAAUUCGGAUCAAUUCAUUCAAAUAUAAACUUUUAAAUACGAAACAAAAAAACUAUGAACUCUAUUCCGGAAAUAACAGUGCUCAACAGCAUUAUCGUACUUAUACGAUUCCUCAUACGUGGAAACAGACCAAUGAAAUUGGUCAAAAGAUUGAGACAAACCUUGCGACGAGUUAUUAUUCGCUAAGCUAUACGUGGUAUCGAAUCUGUUGCGAUAAACAAAGAUUUGUAUUCAUUAUACCGCCUAAAGCUAGUGGUAAAGCUGUUAAAAAAGCUGGCAAAGCUCAGAAGAACAUUAGUAAGUCCAAUAAAAAGAAGAAGCGUAAGAGGAAAGAAAGCUAUGCUAUUUACAUCUACAAAGUACUUAAACAAGUACAUCCGGAUACUGGAAUUUCCAGUAAAGCCAUGAGCAUUAUGAACAGUUUUGUCAAUGAUGUUUUUGAACGAAUUGCCGCGGAAGCAUCGAGAUUAGCUCAGUACAAUAAACGUUCGACGAUCACUUCUCGAGAAAUUCAAACUGCAGUGCGUUUGUUGUUACCUGGUGAGCUCGCAAAACACGCUGUUAGCGAAGGUACUAAAGCUGUGACCAAAUACACGAGCUCAAAAUAAAUGAUUAAUAUUGUGAAAUAAUAAA